CAUGUGAAUUCCUUCCCUCAAAAUCAUCAAGUACUCAUUAAUCUGUACGUACAGCAUUGUCAUUGUCCAUACACCAUAUUAAGCAUGAGCCUGAUCAAUUGCCUGCGGAAGAUAGAUUCGGAAGAAGACCUGAAGAGAGGUCGAUCGGCCGAUGUGCAGGACGACAUGAGGCACUAUUUCAAGAUAUAUUUACGUAAGGCAGAGAGAAGCUGGUCAGGCAACUUGGCACCAAAGCCGAGCCGGCCGCAACCCAAUUUUAGGAAGAUGAGAAGCCGAUCCAAUCUCGGCACUAACAAGUUGAGGAAGAUGUCUCCGGCCCUCCACCGUGUCCAUAGCACGAGCCAGACUGCCUCCUACGAGUCGGCGCCUGCCACGCCCAGGCUGGUCAGGAGUAGCGGCAUGAGAAGAGAUUGGAGCUUCGAGGAUCUCCGACGAGCACUUGAACAAUGAUCACAAUAAUUCGUGCAGUAUUAAUGUAUAUGGGAGAAGUAAUUGAACCUCCUAGAAUUGAAAUUCAUUAAAAUAAAAUCAUCAAAGUAUAUUUCUUCAAGUUCUAGGGGUUUAGUUUCUGAAUUGCACAAAUGAAUUGCAAAGGUACGUAUACUGGUUUAUAUGAGUACGUAAGUAAGUAUAUGAUUUCUGUAUUUAGUUUUUCUUGUAUUUAUAUACAUAUACAUAUAUAUAAUAUGAAUAUAUAUAAGCGUGUGUGUGCAUUUAGAGAUGAGGGUUCCUUAGAUGUGUCAUUGAUAGAUCCUGUCAAGUUACUCAUGGUUUCCUUAAAUCAUGAGAUCGAUGGAUUAGAAUCUGUUAAUUACUAUUUCAGAUAUGUAUUGGGUUUUUGGUACUUUUUCUUUAGCAUGAGAUUUUUUCCACAAUAAUAAAAAGGUGGAAAUUGGCACGAA